AAGUUCGAGGGGGCCGGAGCCCCUUCAUUCUCUUCACCCACUCGUUUCUCCGUUCUCUGGACCCAACUCUCUCACAGCGAGCUCGAUCCAAGGGGAUCUCGUUCUCUCUUGUAUGGCAGCCAAUUCGAAGGGGAGAGUGCUCGCGGGCAGCUUCGGGAGGCGACUCGUGAACCAGAUCUGGGCGGCGGGCUCUCGGGAUUCACCUCCCUUCUCCUACUCCGCUGUCUCGGCUUCUAGGAGGAGCGUGCACGUCUCGACAUACGACAAGAACGUCGACGAUCAGGUGCCGCCAAGUGUCCUGCCGGACGAUGUGAUCGCGGCGCAGUCGGAGAAGUACUGGAGCCCGCACCCGAAGACCGGCGUUUUCGGGCCCGCCGACCAGAACCCGGCCCCUGGCGGGGAUCCCGCCGCGCCGGCCGGGAAUGGUCCCUCGGUUCUGGACGAGAAGGCCUGGUUCCGCCCCCUCGAGGACGUGGACAAGCCUCCCCACGCCUGACCUGAGGAGACGAACAUCGAGCACUUGGUGGGCUCUUAUCUUCGGUUCGUAUUCCUCCCGUAAUAGUACCGAAAUAGGAGCGUAUCUAGUAAAUAAAAGCGUGCGUUCUUCACUUGUACGGGACCUAUCGUAUUUAUGCUGCGGGGAUGAUGACGAUGAUGUUGGUUGACGUGUUUCGAUGUACAAUCUUCCUACCAUAUUCCGUAUAUCGGAAAGGUUGUGAUUUCCUGCUGCAAUUGUUCCUGCGUUUUGACUGUUUUUUAAGUUUUUCUUCCUUCACUGGCCUUUUAAAUAUCUGCCUUAAAAAUCUGUGUGUGUGUAAUAAUCUGUCGGAGUGCGUAAAGGGUUUUUUUU